AUGGCCCAGCAGCCCCGGCCCCCGUCGGCGGGACCUUCGUCGUUUGCCUGGGAAGGCGAUGCGACCCUACACUCGUACUGCUACGAUUACAUGCGGAAACGAGGAUGGACGGAGGCUGCAGCGCGGUUUGCCAAGGAGGCUGGAAUUGAUGAGGACGGGUGGACAGGACCGCCGAUAGAGGCGCCCCAAGGAUUGCUCUACGAGUGGUGGUCGGUCUUCUGGGAUGUCUUCAUCGCUCGUUCACAAAAGUCGGGCGCGCAGAACCCGCAUGCGGUCGCUUACGUCGACGCCAUGCGCGCGAAGCGAGAUCCGCUCGUCGUCCAAUUCGCCGGCGCCAACCCCACACCGGCCAUGACUCUUCCCCGUUCCCUCGCCCACCCGCCCCGAAACUCCACCUCCAUGCACCAACCUCAAGCCGGCCCGAGCGGUCCUCCUCGCGCGACGUACAGUCAGAUGCAUGUUCUCGAGCAGCAGGAGCUGCAGGCGCAGAUGCAGCAGCAGCGCGGACGUGGUCAGCCGCUCCAAAACGCUGGUCCUGGUACACAACGACUUGUCGCCGCGCACCAGGCUCAACCCGGACAACCCGCUGUCGGCUACUCGAACGGCUCGCAACCGCCCAUGUCGCAGCCGUACGGCAUGCAUUCGGCGCCUUUGCAGCAGCAGCCUCAUGCCGGCGGCGGCGUACCCGGUCCUCUCAUGCAGCCGCCGCAGAACCAGUCCUUCCUUCCGCAACAUCAGCAACAACAGCAAAACCAGCUUCCUCAGCCUCCGCCCUCCUCGAAUCACGGCUCACCGCGCCUCUUGCCGGCGCAGGCGAACGGACGACCGGGGAUGCAGACGGGUGCUUCGGCGUUCCAGACGGCGAUGAGUGCUGUGGGGUUGGCGGGUAGGGAUCCGGAGUCGCUGUCAGCAGAGGAGCAUAACGCUGUCGCGGCGCAGAUGCGACGAAUGGGUGCUCUCCCACCUUCUUCGUCGUCGGCGCAGGGCAUGAUGCGGCCCGGUCAGCAGGGUCAGCAGCAGGUGCGGAUGGUUCAGCAAGGCCGACCGCAGCCUGAGCGCCAGCUGAGCGGACAGCUCUACCAACAACAGCAGCAACAGCAGUUCCAGCAGCAGCAGCGUGUCGUUCAGAACCCCUACGGCACGCCAGCCGGCGCCGGUCCCGCCUCUCCAGCCUACUCCGCCCCGUCCCCUUACUCUACCCCUCACGUCGCCCAUAUGCAGAUCCCGCAGCAGCAGCAACAGCAGCACCAGAACCCGAACCAGUUCGCCGCCUCGCACAGCUCGCCUCAAGGAGAGUUCACCGCGCCGCUUCCGCCUGGUCGCAACGCUGCGCAGAAGAACCGGCCUCCAACAGGCGGCGCGCAGGGUCAGAAGAUGCCAACGGGAUUGACGAAGCGGGCGGGAGGGAACAUGGAGGAACCGUCGCCUCGCAACCGGAAACGAGCGCGAGGCGCGACGGGAGGCGAGCACGAUCCGGGCACGCCGAGCGGAGGAUUCGAUCCGGGAGCGGGCAGUCCUGCGCCGAUGAUGGGCAUGCAGGCGUCGCAGCAGAGCGGCCAGAUGUUUGGCCAGGACGGCGUGCCUUAUCGUCCUUCGCCCAGUCCUUCGCUCAUGCAGCCGCCGAAACCGCCUCAGCAGAUGGUUGUGACGGGCCCUUCGCCGCAGCCCCAGCACUACGGCGGCGGCGACGCGAUCAACGGCGCGGGCAUGGACAGCGGAGGACAGGGCUACCCCGUCAACGGUGUCAGCCCUGGCGCGAAUGGGUCCCUCAGCCGCCCAGCAUCCGCCGCGUCGAACCACCACUACUUGUCGCCGGGCCACAACGGCGCUCCUCAGCAGCAGCAGCAACUCGGCCUCGGCCCUCCACCAGGUCCCGACCAGCGUCGCUCGCCUAUCCCGCCCGGCGGUCACGAUGCUGGCGGACCUCGACCUUUCGCCGGCGCGCCAAGCGCCUCGUCCGCCUCGUCCACGCCUCUUGCACCCCUCCCGCCGCCUCUUGGACCCGAGCCGAACGGCAUUCCCGUCGGUCCUCCUUCCGGCCAAACAAACGCCAACGACUCGUCAUUCCAGUUCAGCCUCGGCGAGGACGUCUUCACCGGCCUCGACUUUGACAGCUUCCUCAACAACGACAUGUUCGCCGAGGAGACGGUCGGCUGA